UCCUCCUCCAUGUGACUGAUCACAUGACGGUGACAUCAUCGCAGGUCCUGUAAGCACACGGCUCCUCUACAGAUACAGGUUUCUCCAAUCCAGGAUCCUCUGCUGAUAUCUUCUAUAUAAGAGAAUUCUCCUGGAUGACCCAUCAACCAUGGAGAGAGACAGGAACAAGAUGGCCGACAGGAUCAUAAACCUCACCCUACAGAUACUCUUCCGGCUUACUGGAGAGGAUUACACAGUAGUGAAGAAGUCCUCUAGUGGGCGCUGUCGGGCCCCUGUGUGUGAAGGAUUGGGAAGAACCCUGAGCCCAAUCCCGGGGCCCCCACCUCACUCCCUGAUACAUGAGGAAAUGGAUGAACAGAAGAUCCGAGAACUCAUCAACCAGAUGAUGGAGCUGCUGACUGGAGAGGUUCCUAUAAGGUGUCAGGACGUGGCGGUCUAUUUCUCCAUGGAGGAGUGGGAGUAUGUAGAAGGACACAAGGAUCAGUACAAGGAUCAGGUCAUGAUGGAGGAUCAGCAGCCCCUCACAUCACCAGUCAGAUCCAGUAAGAGAACAGCACCAGAGAGGUGUCCCCGUCCUCUGGAUGAACAGAAUAUGGAGGUCAUUACUACAAAGAAAGCUCUGGACUAUAUUAAUACUACAGACAUAAAGGAAGAAGAAGAGACAGAUGUUAGCAAUGAUGAGCAGUAUAAAGAGGAUAUUCCUACAGGGAAAGAUCUGAUCUUUAUUAAUGCUACUGAUAUAAAAGAAGAAGAGACAGAUGUGAGCGGUGAUGAGCAGUAUAAGGAGGACAUUCCUACAGGGGAAGAUCUCUUCUAUAUUAAUGCUACAGACAUAAGGGAAGAAGAAGACUACACAGAUGUGAGCAGUAAUGACCAGUAUAAGGAGGACAUUCCUACAGGGAAAGAUCUGAUCUAUAUUAAUGCUCCAGAGAUAAUAGUAAAAGUGGAAGAAGAGACAGAUGUGAGCGGUGAUGAGCAGUAUAAGGAGGACAUUCCUACAGAUUCUUGUACCAGGAGAUCAGAGGAGAAUCUUAUAUCUUCAGAUUAUAAAGCAGAUGAUGAUAUCACACAAGAUACAUAUGAAGAACAUUCCAUUAUCCCAGAUACACCCUCAGCCCUUCACAGCCAAGAUCUGUCAUCUCAUCCUUAUAUACAGGUCCUGUCUUCUCAUUCAUCACAGAAAGGUCACAGAAGGGGUGUUGGACAUCAACGAGCUCAUACAGGAAGGAAACCAUAUUCAUGCUCAGAAUGUGGGAAAUGUUCUACUAAGAAAUCAGAUCUUGUUAAACAUCAAAGAAUUCACACAGGGGAAAAGCCAUUCUCAUGUUCAGAAUGUGGGAAAUGUUUUACUCAGCAAUCGCAACUUGUUCAACAUAAAAGAACUCACACAGGGGAAAAGCCAUUUCCAUGUUUGGAAUGUGGAAAAUGUUUUGCUGAGAAAUCACAUCUUGUUCAACAUAAAAGAACUCACACAGGGGGAAAGCCAUUUUCAUGCUCAGAAUGUGGUAAAUGUUUUACUGAGAAAUCAAAUCUUGUUAAUCAUAAAAGAACUCACACAGGGGAGAAACCAUUUUCAUGCUCAGAAUGUGGUAAAUGUUUUACUGAGAAAUCAAAUCUUGUUAAACCUCAAAGAACUCACACAGGGGAGAAGCCAUUUUCAUGCUCAGAAUGUGAGAAAUGUUUUACUGAGAAAGCAAGUCUUGUUAUACAUCAAAGAACUCACACAGGAAAGAAUCCAUUUUCACGUUCAGAAUGUGGAAAAUCUUUUUAUUUUAAAUCAAGACUUGUUAAACAUAAAAGAACUCACACAGGGGAAAAAACAUUUUCAUGCUCAGAAUGUGGAAAAUGUUUUGUUAAGAAAUCAAGUCUUGUUAAACAUCAAAGAACUCACACAGGAGAGAAUCCAUUUUCAUGUUCAGAAUGUGGAAAAUCUUUUAAUUUUAAAUCAAGACUUGUUAACCAUAAAAGAACUCACACAGGGGAAAAACCAUUUUUAUGCUCAGAAUGUGGGAAAUGUUUCACAGAGAAAUCAAAUCUCGCUAAACAUCAACGAGCUCAUACAGGAAAGAAACCAUAUUCAUGUUCAGAAUGUGGGAAAUGUUUUACCCAAAAAUCUAAUCUUGUUAAACAUAAGAGAAAUCACACAGGGGAGAAACCAUUUUCAUGUCCAGAAUGUGGAAAGUGUUUUACCCAUAAAUCAAAUCUUGUUAAACAUAAGAAAAUUCACACAGGAGAGAAGCCCUUUUCAUGUUUAGCAUGUGGUAAAUGUUUUACUCAGCAAUCACAUGUUGUUGUACAUCAGAGAACUCACACAGGAGAAAAGCCAUUUUCAUGUUCAGAAUGUGAGAAAUCUUUUGCUUGCAAAUCACAUCUUGUUCAGCAUCAAAAAAAUCACACAGGAGAGAAGCCAAUUCCAUGUUCAGAAUGUGGAAAAUGCUUUACUUGGAAAUCAGAUCUUGUUAAACAUCAGAGAACUCACACAGGGGAGAAGCCAUUUCCGUGUCCAGAAUGUGGAAAAUGCUUUACUCGGAAAUCGGAUAUUGUUAAACAUCAGAAAAUUCACACAGGGGUGAAGCCGUAUUCAUGUUCAGAAUGUGGCAAAUGUUUUACUCAAAAUUAUCAUCUUGCUGAACAUCAGAGAACUCACACAGGAGAGAAGCCAUUUCCGUGUUCAGAAUGUGGAAAAUGCUUUACCUGGAAAUCGGAUCUUGUUAAACAUCAGAAAACUCACACGGGAGAAAAACCAUAUAUAUGCUCAGAAUGUGGGAAAUGUUUUACUUCUAUAUCAAGUUUUGUUGUACAUAAAAAAACUCAAACAGAGGAGAAGCCAUUUUGCUGUACAGAGUGUGGGAAAUGUUUUAUUGUGAAAUCACAACUUGUUCAACAUCAAAGAACUCACACAGGAGAGAAGCCAUUUUCAUGUUCAGAAUGUAGGAAAUGUUUUUCUCAGAAAUCACAUCUUGUUAGACAUAAAAGAACUCACACAGGGAUGAAGCUGUUUUCAUGUUCAGAAUGUGGGAAAUCGUUUGCUCAGAAAUCAAGUCUUGUUGGACAUCAAAGAACUCACACAGGGGAGAAGCCAUUUUCAUGUUCAGAAUGUGCGAAAUGUUUUACACACAAAUCACAUCUUGUUCAACAUCAAAGAACUCACACUGGGGAGAAGCUAUUUUCAUGCUCAGUGUGUGGAAAAUGUUUUACUGAGAAAUCAUGUCUUAUUAAACAUAAACGAACUCACACAGGGGAGAAACCAUAUUCAUGUUCAGAAUGUGGGAAAUAUUUUACUCAGAAAUCAAGUUUUGUUGUACAUAGGAAAACUCACACGGAGGAGAAGCCAUUUUGCUGUGCAGAGUGCGGGAAAUGUUUUAUUGUGAAAUCACAACUUGUUCAACAUCAAAGAACUCACACAGGAGAGAAGCCAUUUUCAUGUGCAGAAUGUGGGAGAUGUUUUACUCAGAAAUCACAUCUUGUUCAACAUCAAAGAACUCACACAGGAGAGAAGCCAAUUCAGAGCAGUAAAUGAUGCAGAUAACACAUCUAUAUAUUCACCAUGUACAUAGGAUAUCUGACAUUUAUACAUAUAUCAUAUACUGCAUCUCCAAACUUGUUACCAAUUGUUAAUAAAAGUUUUCUUUCUUAUAUGAUUUAUUAUUCUUAUAUUCAUCUCCGCACACUGGACUUAUAAUAAAUGUAAUAUUGUCCCUGACGUUGUAUAUAGGGAAUGUAACGCGUCAGUGUUGUCCCCGCCCCCUUCUCAUUAUGAUUAUAGAGACUUUAAUUCAAGGCAUCAGACAGGAUCCGCGCGUCUCCCUUGAAGAUCGUCUCUUCUGAACAUAAGACGCUGCAGAUACUUUUAUUUAUCACAAACCCUA